CGCUCGAUAAAUAUUUUUUGUCGAACAUUUGAGCAUCACUAAAGUAAUAACGGUCGUUUAGAUUCAAAAGUUCGGCUGCUUUGUUUCGGUUACAAAAUGUAAAAAAUAAAUUAUUUGAUAAAAACAUAAAGAUGUCAGGAAAAUUGAAAGAUUAUCAAGUUUUAGACGUUUUGUGCGGUGGUACAUUCUAUAAAGUUAGACACAAGGUCACCAAUAACAUAUUCGCGUGGCGGGCGUUCGACUGCUCCGCGUACUCGGACGAACAAAUACAAAACGUCGUCAACGAAGUGCGAACAAUAAGCAAGGCGCAGUUUGUGAACGUAUUGCGUUAUUACGAUACUAUUCUGCACGGCCCGUCGAGGACGUUAUACUUUGUGCUCGAGUAUAACUGUUGGCGCAGCCUCGAGCAAUUGUUCGAGGUGUGCGCCGCCACCGACAAGUACAUCGCUGAGAGCUUCGCCUGGCACCUGCUGCUGGAACUGGCGCGCGUCUGCAAGGCUGUAGAGACGCUGAACAUUGUCGUGCUGCGGAGAUGUAUAACCCCUGCGUCCAUAUUUGUGAGCGAAGGUUGUGAGCUGCGAGUGAACUGCUUCGAGCUGGGCGCGGCGCCGGCCGUCGGGCUGCUGCGGCAGGCGGGCGCCGUGCUGCACGCGCUGUGCUACCGCCGCAAUGCCUGCGAUGACAAGAUCAAGGAGUUCCACUACAGCGACGACCUGCGCGACGUCGUCACCUUCCUCACCGACGACCGCAGCGACGCCCUGCGCCCCGACGUCGUUCUCUACCACCCGACUGUGCUCGCCAACAUAGACACCCUGGCAGGACCUAAACAUUUAAGUGAGAUUCUUUUGUCUAUACACAGUUCACCUCACUUCUCAAAAGUUAAUAAAUGUGACUCUGAAAAGGCAGUGGAGUUGUGCAGAGCAGUGGAGCCCGCUCCCAGGACACAUUUGAGCAUUCUAGACAGUCCUAUUUACUCCAAUAUCAGUCCGAAAAGGAAGGAAAUUGAGGAGUCAAACUCGACUAGAGGCUCUCUGUCCCCUACACUGGCUGCAUUGGCACUGGAGCUGCCUGGAUUUGUUCCUCGAUGCAGGAAGCCCUUCAGUGGAACUAUAGAGACAUACAAACCUCGUCAGGUGUCCGAGGAUACUUUGAGCCAGCAAUGGAUGUCAAGACUCAUUGCUCUCAGACAAAGGGAGGAGUCACUUAAUAAAAGGGAAAGAGAACUCCUUUCUAAGGAAAUUGUGAACAGCCCAGCAACUAAAAUCAUACCACUCAAUGAGUCUAUCGAGGGUCCAUAUAAUGGUGACAGCAAUGGCAUCACCCUGCCUCCAGAGAUCACUCAGGUGGACAAGGGCGGCGCGUGGGCGCGACGACGCCGCCGCCGCUCCGGCUCCGUGCGCACCAGGAGUCGCAGGAAGAGCUAUGGAUAUGAAGACCUGGACAGCUCCUUGUCAGCUGACCCCGGAGAUGGCAGUAUGAUUGUGACAGCUACCAGAUUCACCAAGGAGAAUAUGCCGCGACGCAACAUCUUCCCUGAUAUAUCGUCACAGAAAGUUCACUUCACAUCAGCCAACCCCUUUGUAGAGAGUGAUGAGAGUGUGACUCUAACAUUCUACGAUCUGGAGAGCGUCGACGGCGAGGGCUACCAGGUGCCGCGGCAGGAGCAGAAGGCGUUCAAAGACAUCAACAAAUUUAAAUACUUGGACUUGGAAAAGUUGACAUCAGAAAAGAGGGCAGCAAUGCAGCAAUGUGGGCAGUCGUCUCCCUCCAAACAGGCUAAGCUCUCAAAGCAGAUAUUUACUGACAUCACUAAUAAGAAUGUGACGUUAAGGAAGACUCCAUCAAAAGCCAGCUUGACCUCCAAGGGUUCAGUGUCAUCUGAGCAAAGCCUGUGGAGUGUGCAGUCUGACAUGGGCAGACGGGGCGGCGGCGGCGAGUGCGUGGCGGAGCGGACGCGGUCUAGCGUGCGGCAGUCCCUGGCGCCGACGCCGGCCGCGCCGCCAGACUCCGAGGUAAAGAAGUCGAAGAGAAAAUCAUUGCUUCCCUUUAAAACUCCAUUUAAAUUCAUGACUUCUACAAAAAUUUAAAUUUAUGAUGAUAAAUUGAUCUCUUUUAAAACUGCAUUUCAAAAUUUUUUUAUGAUGAUGUUUAUUUGCCAAUUUAGAAUUCAAUAUAUAAUGAUAAAAGAAAUAAAAUAAUUGCUUAGUUUUUUAUAUUGGUUGUGGUUUAAAUUAGUCAUUUACAUAUUCUUAAGUUCUUAGUAUUAGUGCAACUAGAUGUAUAAAUACAUUAGAAUAGAUUUGAUAAGCUUCCAUUAUCAGUUGUUCCUAAUUAAAUAGGAAUUCUUAAAGUAAUUGGAUACAAAUUUUAUAUUUUAGCAUAUUUUAAUAUGUGAAUAGCUUCUAGAGUGUGUGACUAUUUUUUUUGUACUACUCUGAAUGAAGUUAUCUCACAAUUAUUUUGUACAUAAGAUUGAAACGGACACAACCCACCCUGACCCUUAGUGUAGAUGUUCCUUUACCAUGGAAAUUAUAUUAUAAAAGAUAUAUUUAUAGACAUGUAUAAAAUAUGAUGAAAUAUUUGGAUUUAUGAUCUUAUAUUUGUAUAAAAAGCAGUUGCAAUGUAUACAAUUGUAGUCUUCCUUAUCAAGAAAUCGAGUUUUAGAGCAUAGUUUUAUAUUUUAAUCAUAAUUGCGUGUGAUACUUGGCUAUUGUAGUUAUUGUCGUUGCCAUACUAUAGUUAUCUAAGAAUACUAUUAAAAUAGAAUAGAACUUUAUUUUUUAUCUUUAGAAGCAAUAUUAUAAUUGUGACUUACAGCUAUGUACUAGAAGUUAGGUAAGAGAUCAAUAAAAUGUAAAACCUCAA